AUGAACGACCACCAUAUCCCAGUCAAAGGAAAGCUCAAGGAGCUACAACACCCACAUGCCCACCCCAAACCGCCCGUUCCUCAUCCCCAUCCUCACAAGCACCAGCACCCGCACCCGCACCCGCACCCGCACGCCCACUUCGGCAUCUCCUACUCUCCAUACAAAGCAGACCGCACCUGCAAGGACCAAGAAGAAGUAAACCAAGACCUAGACCGAAUCUCCGAAUACUCCUUCGUCCGCAUCUACGGCACAGACUGCGACCAAACGAAAACAGUAACCAACGCCGCACGACAACACAACAUGCGCGUUUUCGCCGGCGUCUACGACCUAACCAAUUUCCCAGCGAGCCUCAGCGCCUUCGGCGACGCAGUAACAGGCCCAGACGGCAAAAAGGACUGGUCAAUCUUCCACACGAUCGCCGUCGGCAACGAGCUCGUAAACGCCGGCACCAACUCCGCCGGCGACGUCGUGGCCGCCGUGCAAAAGGCACGCUCCGUGCUCCGCGCCCAGGGCUACAAAGGCCCCGUCGUCACAGUAGAUACCUUCUCCGUCCUACUCGACCACCCGGAACUAUGCCAUGUCUCCGACUACUGCGCUGCGAACUGUCAUGCUUUCUUCGAUGCUACUCAGCGGCCUGAGGGUGCGGGUGCGUAUGCGCUCGAGCAGGCGCGAAGUAUCUCCGCGAGAGCGGGUGGGAAGCGUACUAUGAUUACGGAGUCUGGGUGGCCGCAUGCUGGGGAUGCGAAUGGGGUUGCUAUUCCUUCGCCGAAAAGUCAGGAUGCGGCUAUUGCGAGUUUGAGGAAGAGUUUUGAUCACCGGAGGGAGGAUCUGGUGCUUUUUACUGCUUUUGAUGAUCUUUGGAAGGAGGAUAAUCAGUUUACCUUCAAUGCGGAAAAGUUUUGGGGGAUUCAUAGGGGUUUGUAG